AUGGCAAUGUAUAGAAUUGCAAUUGGGACACCAGGAGAGGCUAGCCAUCCUUCUGCAAUUAGAGCAGCACUUGCAGAGUUCUUUUCUAUGCUCAUUUUUGUUUUUGCUGGCCAAGGCUCUGGCAUGGCUUAUAGCAAAAUUACCAACAAUGGACCUGCAACUCCUGAUGGUCUCAUAGUUGCAUCAUUAUCUCAUGCAUUUGGACUUUUUGUGGCUGUGGCUGUUGGGGCAAACAUUUCUGGUGGCCAUGUGAACCCUGCUGUCACAUUUGGUGCUUUCUUAGGAGGAAACAUAACCUUGUUGAGAAGUAUUUUGUAUUGGAUUGCACAGUUACUCGGUUCAGUUGUUGCUUGCAUUCUUCUCAAUUUCACCACUGGUGGAAUGGAAACAUCAGCUUUUUCUUUAUCCUCUGGUGUGUCUGUCUGGAAUGCACUAGUCUUUGAGAUUGUGAUGACUUUUGGGUUGGUAUAUACAGUUUAUGCCACAGCAAUAGACCCAAAGAGAGGGAAUGUGGGUGUUGUUGCCCCAAUAGCAAUUGGUUUUGUUGUGGGUGCUAAUAUUUUGGUUGGUGGUGCUUUUGAUGGUGCAUCAAUGAACCCAGCUGUGUCCUUUGGCCCUGCCAUGGUUAGUGGGUCAUGGACUCAUCACUGGGUCUAUUGGAUUGGCCCAUUCAUUGGUUCAGCAACUGCUGCCAUUCUCUAUGAUAAUAUCUUUAUUGGUGAUGAUGGUCAUCAACCCCUUUCAAAUUCUGAAGUCUAG